UGGUUACCGUACCCACCUGUUUGUGUGAUUACUGUCUGUCGGUUUGUUUAGGAGGAGCCCACGAGGACAGGAACAAAUCCCGCCCCGUUGUCAUAACGACCAUCAGGCCAGGUGGACCUGCUGACAGGGAGGGUACGGUGAAGCCAGGGGACAGGCUCCUGAGUAUCGAUGGGAUCCGUCUUCACGGGACAUCCCAUGCAGAGGCCAUGUCCAUCCUCAAACAGUGUGGACAGGAGGCUACGCUACUCAUCGAGUACGACGUCUCCAUCAUGGACUCCAUAGCCACAGCGUCAGGGCCUCUGCUGGUUGAGGUAGCCAAGUCCCUGGGGUCCAGUCUGGGCCUGGCCCUCAACACCUCCAUGUACUGCAACAAGCAGGUCAUCAUCAUAGACAAGGUCAAGCCCGCAAGCAUCGCAGACAGGUGUGGGGCGCUGCACGCGGGUGACCACAUCCUGUCUGUGGACGGUACCAGUAUGGAGUAUUGUACCUUGGCCGAGGCCACCCAGCUGCUCGCCAGCGCCUGUGAACACGUCAAGAUGGAGAUCCUGCCCCACCACCAGACCAGGCUGGCCCUCAAGGGUCCUGAACACG